AGUUCCGCACUAUUGGCUGUCAGCAGGGGGACUCUCUUACCUGCUGUACCUGUGCGAAGGAGUGCCACUCGUCAUCGUCCGACUCCAAAUCAGGAUCAACUUUUCCUUCCUCCAGCAACCCGGAGAGGUAGAAAUCGGCCAGGAAGGCUGGAAGCUGAACCAGCGACUGCAGCAGGACUCCGAGCAUGGAGCCUAUAACGUCGUGGAGCGAGGAGCGAGUCAGCGAAUGGCUCCAAGGUCUGGACGCCCCCCUGCAUCAGUACCCUGUGUCUGAGUGGCAUUUGUCAGGUGUGGAUGUGCUGCAGCUGACCUCCAAAGACCUGGAAAAGUUGGGAGUGUAUAAAAUCGGACACCAGGAGCUCAUACUUGAGGCUGUGGAGAAACUGUGCUCUCUGACAUAUGGAAUAGGUGGGGAGAACCUGCGCGGCCUCACAGAGAAGCUGCGCGCUGUGGCCCACACCCUCCAGAUGGGCAUCCAGAGCCGCUGGCGCCGCAACAGCUAUGAUGGAGGCAGUACUGUCAAGCUGCCCGCUGGAGUUCUGCAGGUUGUAGUGGAGCUCAUCACCGCUGCCAAAGGACUCUUCUCUCUGCUCAACAGGUAUCAGUUUUCCCAGCUCAGUGGAUACACCACCACCAAGAAUGUCUUCAAUUACUGCAGAGAGCUAGGAGAAAUUGUCCACAAGGAAGGUUCAGUCUAUGAAAAGGAAAAGGACAUAAUCUCUGUGUGCCGUCAGAUGGUGGCCGUUUGUGAUGAGAUCCUGAAUUCCAGCCCUGAGUCCUUUCUUACUCACACCGCUCAGCUGGAGAGUGUCGACCUGGUGCCUGUGUCACCUGGGGAUCAGCUGGGGAUUGAGAUAACAUCCACGGGCUCCAGUAACCACUACGUGACCGGAACUGCAGCUGAGCCGUCAGCUGAUGCCUUUGUGAAGAUCUUGGCUGGUGAUGAAGUGAUUCAAGUCAACGACCAGAUAGUGGUGGGCUGGAGCAGAGCUAACCUGGUGAAGAAGCUGAAGGAGAAUCCCAGUGGAGUCAGUCUGGUCUUGAAAAAGGUUCCUGGAUCAGGGAGACGCAGAAACACGGUCCAGGUGUCCCCCACACAGGAGGAAGAGGAGACAGAGGAGAGGUCAGAGGGGGAGGAGGAGGAUAAUCCAAGGCACUCCAUAUUUGAGAGGGUAGCAGCGUCUGUCAGGUCACUCUCUUUUAGGAGAGCCGUUCAUGGGCCAGAGGUAGCUCAGCAGCCUAUGGGACAGGAGGAAUCUGAGUUGUCGACCAACAAGGAGCAGGAGGGGAGUCUGACUCUAACUUCAUAUAAAAACCCAGAGAGAGGGCUGUCACCAAAUUCUGCCUCAGGGACUGAGUUUGGAAGUCCGCGAAGUCCAAGGCUCUCCCCAAGACUCUCUCCAAGACUGAGGCGAGAUCGGUCACCAAUACCCAGAAGUCCCUCGCCCUUUGAUUUCAGAAGUCACUCCCCUCAGGGAAUCAACCAGGAUAGAGCUAGUGUUAGUUCCUGCCCUGAGAUGGUGGGACACACGGGUAAUAAGGAGACAAAGAAGAGCUCUACAAAAGGCAUGACGACGGCUCUAAGUCGGCGUCGUGUGUCCUGCCGUGAACUGGGUCGACCUGACUGUGACGGCUGGUUGUGGAAGAAGAGAAAAGAGAGCAGCGUGUUCAUCGCCCAGAAGUGGCAGCGCUUCUGGUUCAUCCUGACAGGGCCUUCACUCUACUGGUACACCAGCCAACAGGACGAGAAGGCAGAGGGUUUCGUCAACAUCUCCAGCUAUAACAUAGAGAGCGCUGGAGAGCACAAGAGAAAAUACGUGUUUAAAAUGUGCCAUGAGAGAUUUCACAACUUCUUCUUCGCUGCUGAGAACGUCAGCGACAUGAGCAAGUGGAUUAACUGUCUGAUCACAGCCAUACAGAAGCAUAAGCACACAUGCCCAAGCAGUGAAGAAGAAUGUUACAGCGAGACUGAAUCAGAGAGCGAGGGAUCACCUUCACCUCGCAGAAGAAACAAGAAAGUGCAGUCCAACACCCUGCCUCGCCCCAAAGGGAAAACCAACAAGGCGCCAUUAACAAGUCCUUCAACAGGGGGCAGCAAAGGAACAGGAGGACCGGUGGAUGAGAUGGGCAUGAUGCUGAACAACAUAAAGGAAGGAGGCGUUUCUUUGAUUGGCAGCGAGCAGCCGUUUACGCACGACCACUUCAGGAAAUCUUUCAUACGACGCAACAAGAACCCGGUCAUUAAUGAGAAGGCACACACGCUCCGAGCCCUGCAGAGUACACUUAAAGCUAAAGAGGCGGAGCUUCUGCAAAUCAACAAGCUCUUAGAGGAGUCUGAACUGAAUGCCUCAACAUAUCGUCAGUGGAAGGAGAACAACGAUGAACUAGUCCAAGAAAUUGAGAAACUGUCCGCACUCAAGGCCUCCAAAGAAGAGGGAGACAGGACACUGCAGGACACACCUACAGAGGAGGUUGCCUUGGAAACUGUCUCUACAGAAACAGCCAUCGCAGAGACCGAAGGCGCAUACAGACUGAGCCUCAGCGACGGGGAGCAGUUAGUAGAUGCAGAGCCAGCUGAUGUUCACCUGGAGAUCCCUCCAGGCUCCCCGAGCCCAGAGGGCAGUCCUGUAUUAGAACUUUCUUUGGGAUCGCUGCAGGAUUCAAUAAACAAAGAGCUGAGUGAAAUGGCUGGGAGCGGAGAAGCUGCUGAGAACUACUUUUACAUUUAGGACCCUGCUGGAACUGUCGAAUCACUGCAAAGUUGCUCUUUUGAAACAAAUGAAAAAUGUUUUCGUGCUGUAAAGUGAGAGAGGUGCAUCCAACUGAAAGGAUCAGCCAAAAUCGCACUUUAAUCAAGUUAGUCGUUGAAAUGCAUCAGAUUAGGACCUGAACUUCCACAGUGAACAAAUUAAUGUAGGGGUGUAAAGAUGAACUAUUUGCCAAGUGUCAUUUUUACUUCACUUUGUAUUUAUAAAAUCCAAUGACUGUUUUGUUCUCCGAUUAAAAAAAACAACUUUUUGUAGAGUUCAGAGAAUUUGUAAUAUAAGUCAUGCCUCUUUUAAUGUGAUAUGUAAAUACAGUUUUACAAAAAAUACUGUGAGUAUUUGUUUAUUGACGGUACCUAAAAAAAUGUAUAUAUUUGAAAUAUUUUGCACAAGAAAUACACUUUAAAAAAAAGGCUGGUCCAUCUCCACGCUCUCAGUUUGAUGACAGUUCUCGUUCAGUGUUUUUUUUUGCUUGAACCUGCUUUGAAUGUAACUACAUACAUCAAGUCUCCUCAAGUGCAGAGACGUCGGAGGUGUGUCUGAUCCUGUUCACUUAUGUAUUCAUCAGUAUAACAAAAAAGCAGUAUGCCGGUCACUGGGAUGUGUUGUGAGGUUCAUUUUCUGAUUAAAGAUCAAGGUUAAGGUGGCUGAAUGGUAAAUUAAGAAGCCUUCGUAAGCAGCUAUUUUAUUUACCAUCAUGCUGUCUGAUUUUUUUAAUUUUCAA